CUCACUCGUCCCUUUCACCUCUCGCGGCGUGGCUAUAAGACGUUCCGAUCCCAGUCGCUCGGGGCGGGUCCCGGGCCUCUGCAUCGUUUCCGUUUAAAAUCGCUCUGAGGCAGAUACGGGCCCAGCCUUUCUGUCUCUGGCCCUUGCAGACCCCGAUCGCCCUGACAGUCGCUUUCCUGCUCAGAACCUUUCUCUGACUCCCGAGUCUCCCCACUGCCGUCCACCCCCAACCGCGUCGUGCACAGUCGUCACUAGGGAGGUGGAUGCAGGCCCUUCGCCCCGCCGCAGGGAGGUCAGAGUGGGGACAGAGAUGGCAGGGAAAGACGCAGAAAUCUGCGGAGUUAGAAGGCCAUCAUAAAGUGUGGGGAGAAAGAACGGCGGGGAUUGAAACAGAGGCCGUAAUAGAGUGGGGUCAGACUGUUGGAGGAAUAGUGAGGCAGGGACACAGAAAUGGACAAAAGGACAGAAGAGAAACAAGGACACAGAGACUUAUACAGAGAAGAAAACACGUAGUGGUCUCAGACAAAGCACAGGACCCAAACCCAGUAUAACCUUACCUGAGAAGGAAGACCAGAAGAAGAGGGGGGAAAAAAAGGAGGAAUGGCUCUUUUCCAGGGACGGUUGACAUUCAGGGACGUAGCCAUAGAGUUCUCUCAGGAGGAGUGGGAGUGCCUGGACCCCGCUCAGAGGGCCUUGUACAGGGACGUGAUGUUGGAGAACUACAGGAACCUGGUCUCCCUGGGUGAAGAUAACUUCCCUCCAGAAGUCGGAAUCCCUUCCGAUGGAUUUGCAAUCAAGGAAUUAUCACCAACAGAGAAUAUUAAUAAAGGAGAAUUUUACCACUUAGUGAUAUUGGAGAGAAAUGGAAGUCAUGGAAUCAAGGAUUUUGAUCUCCAGGAAGUCUGGGAAGAUAUGCAUGAGUUUGAAAGUCAGUGGGGAUAUGAUACAAGAAAUUAUAAAGUGCCUUUGACCCAUAACAAAAAUUUCAUUCGUAGAAAAGACCAGCAACUUAAUCAGUCCUCAGUUACUCUUCCUGAAAAGCAGAGUGUUUCUGUAAGAAAUAACACAUACCAGUAUUUCAUGGGUGGUGAGCCAUUUAUAAGGACUUUGUUAAAACUAGACAGUAACAGAAUUGGUGCUGGAAACCAGUACGUAAACUGCUUGGAAAAUAGAAUUGGAUUAAGUUUGCAGGCACAUCGGGCUGAACUGCAGAGAUUUCACAGUGAGGAGAAAAUGUAUGAAUGUAAUCCAACUGAGAAGUCUGUCAGCAAUGGUUCCUCAGUCUCACCACUUCAAGGAAUUCCUCCCAGUACCAAAAACAUUUGGAAUAAAUCUAGGAAGAUUUUAAAAUACCCUUUAUUACCUGCACAAUACAGGAGAGGUUAUGCUAGAGGAAAAUCUUACAAGUGUAAUGACUGUGGGAAGGCUUUUAGCAAAAGCUCAAAUCUCAUGAGUCAUGAGAGAAUUCAUUGUGGACAGAGACCUUACAAAUGUAAUGACUGUGGCAAAGCCUUUACAGACCGUUCAAAUCUUACUCGACAUAAGAAAAUCCAUACUGGAGAGAAACCUUACAAAUGUAACGAGUGUGGCAAAGCGUUUACCCAAUGUGCAAACCUUACUAGGCAUCAGAAAAUACACACUGGAGAGAAACCACACAAAUGUAACGUGUGUGACAAGGCUUUUAACCAAAGCUCAAGCCUUAUGGCACAUCGGAGAAUUCAUACGGGAGAAAAACCUUAUAAAUGUAGUAAGUGUGAUAAGGCUUUUAUCAAACGUUCAGACCUUUGGGGUCAUGAGAGAACUCAUACUGGAGAGAAACCUUACAAAUGUAGCGAGUGUGGCAAAGCCUUUGCUGAGCGUUCAAAUCUUACUCAACAUAGAAAAAUCCAUACUGGAGAGAAACCUUACACAUGUAAUGAGUGUGGCAAAGCAUUUACCCAAUUUGCAUCCAUUACUAGGCAUCAGAAAAUACACACUGGAGAGAAACCACACAAAUGUAAUGUGUGUGACAAGGAUUUUAUCCAAAGUUCAAACCUUAUGGCACAUCAGAGAAUUCAUACAGGAGAGAAACCUUAUAAAUGUAGUAAGUGUGAUAAGGCUUUUAUCAAACGUUCAGACCUUUGGGGUCAUGAGAGAACUCAUACUGGAGAGAAACCUUACAAAUGUGAUGAGUGUGGCAAAGCAUUUACCCAUUUUGCAACCCUUAAUACACACCGGAAAAUACACACUGGAGAGAAACCACACAAAUGUAAUGUGUGUGACAAGGAUUUUAUCCGAAGUUCAAGCCUUACGAGACAUCGAAGAAUUCAUACGAGAGAAAAACCUUAUAAAUGUAAUAAAUGUGAUAAGGCUUAUAUAAAACAUUCAGACCUUUGGUGUCAUGAGAGAAUGCAUAUUGGAGAGAACAAAUGUCAUGAGUGUAGCAAAGCCUCUAGUGGAAUGAUCACACUUACUCAGCAUAAGAAAAUCCAUACUGGAGAGAAACCUUAUAAAUGUAAUGAGUGUGGCAAAGCUUUUGCCCAAUUGCAAAACUUAUGAGGCAUCAGAAAACACAUCAUGAAAAGAAACACAGUAAACCUAAUAUGGGUGGUGGUGCAUUUAUUCAAACCUUCAGCUUUGGGGUCAUCAAAGAACUCACGGUAGAAAGAAAACUUGCAAAUAAAGUGAGCAAGUGUUCAAGCUGUACUCAGCAUCACAGAUUCCAUCAAGGAGAGUUAACAUAUGAAACUAAUGUACGUGGCAAAACUUGUAACCAUGGCUCACACCUCACCUGGUAUCAGAAUAUAAAUCUCCGAACCAUACAAAUGGAAUGUAUGGCAAGGCUUAUACAAGGUUAUACCUUGGGGAACAUAAUUUUUUCUAGAGAGAAACCUUACAAAUGUAAUGAGUGUGAUCAGCUUUACAAAAGUGUACAACUUUGGGGUGGAGGGUAAAAAUAAGUGAAUGGGAUUAAGAGGUACAGACUUCCAAUAAUAAUAAAAAAAAAAAUGUACAACUUUUCGUCCUGAAAGAAUUUACAACAAAGAAUUUAUACUGGACAGAAACAUUACAAACGUAAUGAAAGUGAUAAUUUAUUCAGCCAAUUCUCUCAAUGGACUACCAUAAGAAAAUUCAUACUAGGGGGAACUAGGUUCAUUUUGAGCAUUAAUCAAUCUUAGGUGUUAAAUUCCACAGAAAAUUAAAAUUAUUUAAAUUCA